UUGGAUGGAGAGGCAGAGCAGGAGAUUGACCAAUAGUAGCUGUCCGGGACGGAUGGCUCCCAUUGGUCAAUGUUUUUGCAGCCCUGCACCUGCUAGGAUGAACAGAUUUUUUUCCAUUCUUUUUUCUCUUCACUUUGUGGAUAUCGUUCCACAGGAAUAAAACCGGAUAAACGAGGUUCAUAAUAAUUACCAAUCUCUCCAAUCAUCAACAAUGCCUUUAAUAUGUGUUUUCAGAAAACACAUAUUACACUAGGACAUAUAAAAAAUUACAAUUUAUUUUUUAUUUUUAGCAAAGGACUAAAUACUUGUUCCAACAUAAAGUUUUUUUGGCAGAGAAAGGUGUGAAGAAACACCAAGGUGCCAUAAAUCAUCGUCACGUAAAAAAAUAAACCAGAAAUGUACUGAAGAGAUGGCAGAUAGUGAGUGUUUGUAUGCGUGUGUGUUUCUAGCUAUAAACAAGGUGAUGGAUGCUCUUGCCACAGAGUGUUGACUGGUCACAGCCUCCUGUGUGCUGAUUAAUUGAUGGGAGAUACAGCAGUUUAAGGUCCCCUUGGCCCUCCCUGUGCUCUCUGCUUGUCUGCCUCUCUGUGCGUAGACUGUAGCAAGGACAUUUUAAGCAGUUGCACAGACAGUAACCUUUUUUUUUUCAAAGAGGAGGAGGUUGAGGUGAACCUCAAUAACAAGGUUAGGUGGAGGAGAUAAACAUAGCAGUCUUCUCCUCCUUAUUUGUCCUCUACUGUUUCAUGACAGGGUCUAACAAGGCAAGGGCGUACAGCAAUAGCACCAUAUCAUCACCUUUAACACCUUCAUGGGAAACCAGGACUUUCUCUGUUGUUGUUUUUUUACGUUUAUGGACCACAAACUGAACAACCUCAAGUAAAAUUGUAUUAUAGAAACAAUGUGUUUGAAGGGCAACUGCAGAGCUGUCAAAACUGUGAGCAGGAGUUGUUUCUUAUUAAGCGUUUUAGUGACAAUGAAGCGACUAUAUUUUUAGUAAUGAGGCAACAUUGUAGAAAGAUCCCAGCAGUUCACUAGUUUUAAAAGCACAUCAACAACAGGUGAAGCAUCUGUUUCUGGGAGGAAGAGGAAAACCUGAUGUUGACUUGUGUGGGUAGCUGUAGCAUCACAUUAAGUGCUGCUGCAGACUCUUCUCCAGCCUGCCAUGAAAAUAUUUUCAAGGGGCCUUUGAGACAGCUGACAUUACACUAAAGUAGAUCCCAGGUCUGCAGGUGCAAAAUGAAAUAAAAGGUUUCAAAUAUCCUCAGGAACUUUUUUUCACAGAAUCCUCCAGACUGUCCCCAAGGUCUCAGAUUCUUUUUUUAACCUUUAAAGUACUUCUUUUCACUCUGAAUUUGAAAAUAAAAGUGAUUUUAGCUUCAUCCUCAAAGUGACACAAUAAUCCUUAUCGUAUUGAUUGUGUGAUCUGAGGGAUCUUUAAUGUUUGGUCUGAGUUAAAUUAAUGUUUGGGCUAUCAGAAAGAUGUGACUGCGGUCCUGUAACAGCACUGACCAAAUCUGGUCUGGGCAUGCCCUACUCCAAAAUACACCACCAUGCAAUGUGUCAGUACCAUAGACAGUAUCUGCCUCCUCGCUGGGUGAAGCCACUGCCAAAACAGCACCCUCUGGUGACGGGCUGCAGUAUAGGUCAUAAAUCCCACCUCCUCCAGCCAUCCCUAUGGAGCUGUGGACAAACUUUUGAAAUUUAUUAUAUAGAAUAUACAUUUUUCUCCCCUCUGUUUGCAAUGUUGACAUGUAGUUACUGUAAGACUGGAUUGUACUAAAGUCCUCUUUUUUCUGUAUAGCUCAUUUUUUAAAAAGUUAUUAGGGGGUUCAUGUUUUCUAUGAUUGACACCUGAUACAGCCUAUGGGUGUACAAAGAUUGCGUAGCUCACGGGUGAUAUGCUAUUUGAGCCGAGCUUCAUCGCAGCGACUCUCCCGCCGAAUGCGUACGAUGCUACUGUGCAAUGUUGGUUUCAGGAAAUGGAGAAAAAAUGCAGAAAUUCAGCUUCAAAUCCAUAUACUGGUGGAAGGCGGAACCAAGUUGUCCAUAGUAGUCUAUGGCCAGUACCCAGUUGAGGCAAUAAUUCAGUUGUUACUGAUGGAAACAUCAUCCUGAUUGAUAUACAGUUGAUGUCUACCUGUAGUGUUAUAUUGAAAGUCCAGCCACUAUUACUGCUGACUUGAAAUAUCAGUAUAAAGGCUAACAGGCUACAUUGGUUACUAGCAAAUUUUUUACCAACUUUAUCGCUUAAUGCUAACAUCAGGGAACAUGAUACAAGUUUUCAUUUUACUCGUUUAAUAACUGAAUUGAAAUGACCAACUUCAGCGAUCGCUUCUCCUCUUCGUCAUCACAUGGUUAAAAGAAAACCAAUGAAGGUAGUCAUGGACUCUAAAUAAUGAGGAUUAACAGCAUUAAAAAUACAUGUUAGCUGCUUGGAGAAAGUUUCAUAUGGGGGUAUGACACCACCUGACCUCUGGAUUGUCUGUUAUCUAUUUUAUUUUUAAAGAUAAUUAGUUUGUUCUUGUACUACAACUGUACUGCCCCAUGUGGUCAAACGGUGCAACUGGACAGCCUUCAAUCAACACCUUUCAAUAGCUUUUUUUUUAUUACAAGCCAAUACUGUUCAAGAUAUUCAUUUUUACAAUCUAUUUUCAAUCUGAAGGAUAUUUCUGCUUUCAUUGCACCUUGUCUCUUUCUUCUCAGGACCCUGAACACUUAGCUUGACAAACUGAGAAUAAGACAAAUCUAAAAAAUUCUAUUUGACAAUCGACUUCUUCAGACACAGCUGCAGUAGUUGUUUACGGUGCAGUUUGAGCCUGUUAUGUACUGUUUUAUGCAUCUUUUUUCAGUUGAAAUCGUGAAGUGAAGAAGCGAAGCUGCACUUGGGUGAUAUUACAUUCAUGUGCUCCCUCUCUCCCUCCCCUCUCUCCCUCUGCAUCCUCUCUCAUCUCGUUCUGCAGGAAUACACUCUCCUCCUUCGCCGCUGCAGCCUGACUCUGACACAAACCGGUAUGUCCGCACACUGAGAGCCGCCGCACACUGACACACAAUCCCUCCUCUCAGACCCACAACUUGUGAUUUUUUCUUUUUUGGGGGGAACAAGUAAAAGAAGAACGAGGAGAAGAAGAAGGAAAAGGAGGAGGUUGCUUGAUACCACUGCUGCGACAAAGCUGAAGACUUGGAGGAUCCAAACAAGGUAAAUGAUGUCCGGAGACGGCGCAGAGAGACGCGGAUGUUUGAGUUGAGUGCGUGUGCAUGCGUGUGUAUGUGAGUGUGUGUGUGUGGCUUUACUGUACGGGACCGGAUGGUGAAAGGUGCAUGUACAGGGUGAAAAGAUGCUGAUGCUACCGUGCACUCACCAUCAGGGCUGCUGCAUGUAAGGUGUCUGAGCGUGUUGGUGCAGUCAUUGAACAGGGAGUCUGUGUGCGUACAGCCUGCGGUGACGUUAGUGUAAUAGUGUAAAAUGCUGCACCGCACAAGGAGCUCUGAGAGUGAAUACUGUGAAGGGUUCAUGCGAGGAGAAGCUGCUGGUGCUGGUGCUGCUGCUGCAUGAGGAUGAUGAUGAUGGUGGUGAUGGUGGUGGUGGUGGUGGUGGUUGUGAGGAAGAGAACCAGGAAAUGAUUUAGAGGCGCUCAGCUGCUGCAGAUUCGACUUCGGGCAAACGGAAAUGACCCGGAGACGAAACAGCCAUGAAAUAAUGAGUGCAUCAAGUUUUCAGAAGAAGGGUUUGUUUUUCUGCAAGCAUUUGCUGCAGUGGGGAUUAGGGAGUCUGUAUGCAGCAAAACGAGAGGAUGUAAACAGAAUGUACCAAAAAUAAAAGAAAGCCUUCAUUCAGUUUGGGAUAGGUUACUCUUGUGCUUUAGAACUUACAUAGAAAUUCUGAGGGGAUAUCAAAACUACUGUGUUGCUUUGAAGCAUCCUAUCUCCUUGAGCACAGUUGUGUCCAAACUUGCAUUUUUUUUCCUAAAUGGACCAAGAGCGUCUUUAUGCAUUAAUUGGGGUUAUUAUAUAUAAAAAAAAGGAUCCUUCAGCAGCCACAGCAGAAUCACAAAUAAGAACCACGGGUCCAAGGUCAUACCCUGCAGCAUCACAAAACAUCCUAGAAACAGUCAAGUCUUAUUAAAUAUUGUGAUUCUGCCAUAAAAAGGCACAAUUUAUGCCAUUGUCUGUGUUCACCCUUUGUUUAAUCAUGUGUGAUUUAUUUCUAAGAAGAUACAUGACGGGCAGUCAGGCAGCCUCAGCAUAAAUCUGCACAGGAUGAAGUGUCGGUUGUAAAUCGAGGGCGCAGGUGCUUGACAAAACUCAGGAUACAAUGUUGCACUGGAGGGACCACUUAAAUUUCCUUGCUCCCUGGAGUGGAGGUGAUGAUAUCGAGGCUGUUUUUAAUGUACAUUUUUACCACUCUGGAAAUAAGACUGAAACAGUUUAACAGUAAAAAAAAAAAGAGAUUUCUGUUAAAGUAGAGAUGCAUAGUAAUCUGUGGGUUUUUUAGUGGAGCAAGGACCUCCUCCUAGAGGUCGUUUUUUUCCUGCAUCGAGCCCCAUCAUCAUCAUCAUUAUCCUCCCCCCAUCCCAUCAAACUAUUGUUGAGAAAGGCAGUGGAGUGAAACUGCAUGUCCUAACAGAGGUAUUCAUGCUGUCAAAGCUUGUGUUAUUCUGUCCUCUGGCUGCAGGUCUGUCCCUGAUAACGUGACCAGUGAAGGAAGAGAAGACAGAACUGCUUCAUCAUGAAUUUUGUAAUGAAAGCUGCGCUGGGAGGUGAGUAUCUGCUGGGCUGGAGGUUGAUUUAACAGCACUGCAGUGUAGAGGAUUUAAAGCACUGUACUGUACGAGCACUGGCCCCGCUAGUUAUGGGGACGCUGGGCUUAGAUAAUCCGUCCUGCACCAAACUCCUGACUUCACACAUCAGCUACGCAUUACCCCCCUCCCUCCUUCCCUUUCUCUCUUUUCCUGCAUCCAUCUUUUAAAACUCCCCUCAGUGAACGUCCUGGUACAAUAUGUUUUAUUUAAAAACAUCUCUCAGUUGGUGAAAUCUUUGAUGGUGACAGAGUUAUAAACUGACAUGCUCAUUGACUGUUAUUCUACGUUUAUGCUUUUGUAGAAAAAGUGGGCACAGAUAGUGAAUAGGACGGUAAACUCAGCAGUGAUAGCAGGUCAGGUGGUUUACGAUAACUGUUCUUUGACAUUCAAGAUGUCUCUGUCUCCAAAGCAAAGCAGUCUCCCUAUUUUUGCUUCAUCUUCUCCUGCAAUUUAUGAAUGUUGAAUUUAAAAUUUAAAACAGGCGUGCGUCAGUACAAGGAAGGCUGAAUAUUCUGUAAAAAAUGUUAAUGUCAUGAAUUAAACAAGUUUGCUCUUCAGAUACGGCUGCUUUAAGGGUUUCAUUCUACUUGAAACACACUGCACUGUGUUUAACGCAUGCUUUUUGAGCCAUCUGUCACAGGCAGCAGAAAUAAAAGAGGCCUGUUUUGGCAGGUAUUAGGACUAACGUUUUUUUCCAUCAGACUUUUGUUCUCUAAAGCCUUCAGGUAUUAUCCAACAGAACAUUAUCCUAGCUACUAUUUGCCCCCUAAUUAGUCUUCAUGAUAGCUCAGUAAUUCAUCCUUAUCAGCUCUAUAGUUUCUCAGGGAAAGCAGUAGGCAGUAAUGCAUAUUGCCCACUCGUUGGUCAGCGUUGUUGUCGUUGAGACAUGGAGUCCAAACUGAACCCCUGCUCCUCAUUGGGAUGCAAAGGGUGCCGGCACUGCCUCUUUCUGCAUAGCUGCUGUGUCUGCACUAUGAAUUCUUAAAUCAACUGCACUGCAUCUGAAGCUGCUUUUACACAAGUUGGGCUGCACUCAGCCUGCAGACUUUGGUAAUAGAUUUGAGAGUGUGGGUGUUUGCCUGUGUGUGCUUGUGCUGUGCCAGAGAUGUUUUACAGAUAUUGUAUGUGGACAGUGUGUGUGCAUGUGCUGUAUCUCCAGGGAGAUGAAUUAUGGUGGCUGUGGGGUAUAGAUUUGUGUGUGUGUGUGUGAGGAAGAGAGGAUGCAAGGAAGAGAAAGUGCAGUCAUAUGACUGGAAAUCUAUCAAUAUGCCUAUCAGGGUGAUUAUGCUGUCGUCAAUGAAGAUUGUCUUUGGUUCCGGUCCAUGUUUACAAGGUGGAACACAGUGACCUCAUUCCCUCGAAAACGCUGACAAUGCAGUGCAUCUUUAAAGCUCCCUGUGGGUCAAAAAAUCAGAUAAUGAGACUAACCAAUUAAAGAGUUAAUCAAUAAGGUAUCAAAUAGAGGGUUAGUGCUUGUCAGCUAACAGAGCCAUAUAACUGAAAUAUUUUCUUUAAUCAGUUGGAUGCAUUUUUGGGCGUGGCAGUGGUGUAUUGGUCUCAAAGGUACACCAAAUAAUCAUUGUUUUUAAUCUGAUUAGGGUGUAUGUAUUGAACCAGCUCAUAAUUUCCAUUUGUGCAUUUUCUAUCCCAUCAAAACUUCUCCAAAAAUGUCUAUAAAUGUAAGAAAUUGCUUAAAAAUGCAAGAUGAACCCUACUUAUUUUGGUGAGGACAUAGAUACACACAUGAAGAAAUUGUCUAAAAAAAGAGUCUAAAAAGAGUCUAAUUUAUACUUGCCGAGAAACUAAAGCUGUUCAAUAUUCUCCAGAUGGAUACAUGUGUCUGCUACAUGAGUUACCUUGAGAGUGAUAGAAAUAAGCUCAAACACUGCCAUGCCUCACAGAACUGCUUGCGUGUUUGCUAUCAAGAUGUCAUUUCCCGUUAUAAUUGAAUUGCUUUUUAUGGUUUUGACACAAGACCCCAUACAACUCGCAGUGAUAAUUGGAUUAAUAAGUCUUAAACCCAUAUAGAUAUCUGAUCUGGGCUGACCUUGCUCUCUCCAAGCUGUGAUUGUCUGGCUUUUGUUUGGGUCUGGAUUUGCUGUGCUGUCAGACUGUACUUUUUGCUGAGUUUGUUGGGUGACGAAUGUGCAGGAUGAGUCUCUAUAAAAGAGCGGGUGCUGCCAGUGCAUUAACUAAUCCUCCAAGGCUUCUUGGGUUACAGAUACUUGGAAGAAAACAGCAUUGUUCAACUGAGAUGAUUCAGCAGGACUCAAAUCCAGAGCCAUACAUCUGCAGAGUGCUGAUGGUUGUUAGACACAUUUGCCGCAUUACCCUUUGUAAAGUUUUAAGAUGCAGUGCUGUUGUGUGUUUUGAUCUAAUGUGAAAAAAGAAAGAUAAUUUGAGAAAGUGAGUGAGCCCAAAACUUGUGGCAUAUCACUGUCUAAAACAAUGUUUAAAAAGCUAAAUAAUAGAAAAAAACUCUGCACAAAUAUAUUACAUAAUGUCCAGUUCAAAUUUAGAGGAGUUUUGUGUUUACUUCUGACAUCAACACAAAAAAAACUCCAUGAAAUGAGAUGUAAAUAUCUACCUCUCAGUAUUUUAGGAGACUUUUUAUAGGUUCAAAUGUGUCUUUCCUAACAUACCCAGUGCCUGUUGUACUCACUUUAAGUUUAAGCCUAAAGUUUUGCAACUCAUGCAUAAUGACCACAAAAUAAUUCAUGACUCGAAGUCUCGGUGUUGCUCAUGCAGUGCAGAAAUGACUGCACCUUUAUUGUUAGCAUCACCAUGUUGGUCACUAAAGCCCCUCUAAUGUACAGUUUGGUUAAUCAGAAGCUAUGUUACCAGCACCCACUCUGAACCAGAACUUCAGGGAAACACAUGGUUUCAUUGUGCAUUGAUUUCCUCUGCUGCUGAGUGCCCCCCCCCACGCUGACUCAGCACUUCCAAACUCUUAGACUCCAGAGUGAGUUUGACAGAAUCGGGGGUUGCGGGGGCUGUUCAGUGAGGGAGACAUUAGUCCUGAGGUGUGCUGCUCAAUUAAACCCUGGACGCCUCAGGCAGCAGCAGUCAGAGCUUGACUACAUCAGCAGAAAAGUCAAUGCUACACAGCCAAUAAGGAUAUGUCGAGGUUUAAUUACAGAAUAUAGAAACAUUUUACUUCUUUAAGUCUCUUUAAUUAAUGUGUGGCUUUCCAAAUCAGGAAUAAAGACAAAAGAUUCCAUGAAAUUAAUAUGUGUUUUAACAUAUAAACCAUAGAUUAAACCAAUGUGGCAUUUAGCCUCAGCUUAUACUUACAAAAAAGUAUAUUUAUAAUAAAUAUACAUAUAUACAUAUAUAUAUAUCUAUAUAUGUGUAUAUAUCUAUAUAUAUAUAUAUAUAUAUAUUUAUAUAUAUAGAUAUAGAUAUAUAUAUAUACAUAUACAUAUAUACAUAUAUAUAUAUAUAUAUAUAUAUAUAUAUAUAUAUAUAUAUAUAUAUACUUAUUGCAGUAAGGAAAGUGUUUUCUCAUUCUGGCUAUUUUAAACUGUGUUUUGGUCAACAAAGGUAAAGUUAACUCGACUAUAAAAGAACAACAAAGGGAUUCAGUUCAUACUUCGGACAGCAAAAAAAAGGUUUUGUUUAUUAAAAGGAUUAUUGGCAUGUUUGGGAUUCCAGGCCAACACUAGGAGGCGGGUUAAAAACGCUACAUGCUCUCUGGAUAACCCUUCAUGGUUUGUUAGCACUGCGUUCCUGCUGCCUAAAAUAGCUCAUGACGAUGAGGGGCCUCGUCCUCACUAAAGCUUUGUGGCAGACUCAAAGGAAAAACAAAACAUGUUCAAUUUUUCAUCCUUUUUGUGGCUACAUACACACACACGCGCACACACUGCAAGCAUUUGACAAUUUUUUGUGGUUCUGCAAAAGUAGUGUGCAUGUGAGAGGAGGUUUUUGAAGAGCUUGUCACUGCUGCAACUUGAAAAGAUAAAAGACAGAAGAGGAAAACUAAACUAGAGGCGACAGUAUACUCAGUGUUUGGCUAUAUUUACCGAUAACUGCCAGCAUGGAUCACAUACAGAAUUAACAUGUGAUAUUAUUUUAAAAGGAAUCUUACCCACUAAAUAUCUGGCUCUUAAUGUCUUUUUUUCUUGUGAUAAGAAUGGCUAAAAUCUUUAAAAAAAAAAAAUCAAAAACUUUUAAAAAGAUUUGUACAUUUUAUGUCUCUGAUAUUCUUUGUGCCACAGACCUCUAAAGAAGUUUAUUGAAUCAUAUAAAAAUACAUCAGGGAGCUAGACAGUUGCAGUUCUUAAAAAUAGGCUUUAAUUACAAAGACCAUGCCCCUGUUCUGUUAAGUUUGUCUCUCACACAUGGUCCUGCUGCUGAACUCAGUCAUGCGUUAAAUGUGUAUCAGUUCACAGCUGGAAACAGUCCUCAAGAAAGAGAAACAUUUCUGUGCAGAGCUGUAUCAGACGUUUACAAGGCUUCUGGAGAGAACAGGGAAAUACCACAAAACCUACUCUUCUAUCUGAUCAUUGUACUGUUAAGUUUUUCAACAUCUACAGCCUCCAAGUAUUCAACUUAUGAACCCUUCCAAGCUGCAAACCCUUUUUUUUAAAUUGCUAUUACCUGACUUUAUAAACACUUCAUCACAUGUCAAAAUGUAGGCCUAACAAAGUGUCAUUAAGUGCGUCAUUUCCCACUCAUGGACGACAGGUUGGUGGUUUAGGUGUGACGAGGCAGUGCGGUCUGUGCUGAAAUGAAAAUAGAAGACACCUUCAGAUGUUCGUCCUCCACCUCCUCUACUCAAAGUGCAACAUAAUCACAUUGAGCGGGCGCUGUAAUGUGAUUGGCUGAGGAAAUCAGCUCUGCAUCGCUUGAUUGGUCUAAAGGGUUACUGCUUAGAGACACUGGCUGAUACUGAGAGGCCACAUACACACACACACACACACACACACACACACACACACACACACACACACACACACACACACACACACACACAAGCACUUCUCAUCAUCAUCUUGUGCAGUGCUCCAAGAAAUCAAAUUCAAUGCAUCAAACUGACCUUGAGCAUCUGCAAGAGUACAAAGGGGCUGUGUGUGUGUGUGUGUGUGUGUGUGUGUGUGUGUGUGUGUGUGUGUGUGUGUGUGUGUGUGUGUGUGUGUUUGACAGUCAACUGUCAAGAUUCCAUAAAUAAUGCAUCCAACCAUGUAAGUAAGAAAUGGAGGAGGGCAGAGGUCGUUUAUUUCUGUAUAACUUUUUACCUUUGAGGUAUGAUUUUUGUCCUAAACCCCAAUAUGUUGGUGUUUACCUUACACAUAUUGGAAAGCAUGCAUACUUAUCUUUAUUUAACACUAAAUCUUUCAGAGCAAAACAAAAACUUGAUCUUUGAAAAAUUUCCAGCAUCUUUUGGAUUUCUAUCUAAAUUUAUUGAAAAAGAUAAAAACUGAAAGGUAAAUAUUGGGAUUUUAAUAUAGAUUAAAAAGAGAAGAAAUUCAUGCAGAAAUUCUAUUAUUUCAUCUGAUAUAGGUGGUUAUCUUGGUUAGAAACAUGUUGGAAAGAGAAAUCUGUGAGGUUAACAAAGCUGCUAUGAUUGCCAGAACAAUGAACUGCAUUUUUCUACACAUAAUGGUGGGAUUUACAUAAAAAACAAGACAGUGACUGAUGUAGAUUUGAUUUGCUGUCAUUUAGGUUGUGGGGAUGUGGUUAGAAAAGACAAUGCUGACGUUAGCCUUGUGAGGGCCGAUGCCCACGUAUUGCUGAUGAUGUCAAAAUGCUAAUCAGCUGAGUUAAUCAGCCAAUUGAUUUACUGAUCUGUCUUGAGUUUGUAUUUAACUCUUAAAUGGGCAUUACAUUCAGGUUUCUAAUGCAAAGUACAAAGAAGAAAACAUUUUGAGAUUGAUGGAAAUUUUAAAAAAUAUAUCAAAAAUAUCCACAUUAAGGGAACCUAGCCACAAAUAUUUGGAUACACUUUCCUUGUUAGACUCUAAAUUUGGACAUUUUUAACCCAAGGAUUUCACCGUAUAAAGCAAAUGCAAUAUUUUUUUUCUCACUCUCCGUGUUACAGCAUUUCCCGAGCAUUUGACAGAGACAGACAGUAUCCCUGUCUGUAGUUAAAAGUCAGUACGCUUGGGAUAAGGCUUCAAAAAUAGGAAAAAGUGUCAAACUAACCCAGUCAAGUUUUACUGCUCCCCCCUGACAGUCUGUAUCCAACACAAAUGUGUCACCAGCAUUCCCAAAAAUAAACUGAGGACAUGAAGCCCACGUCAAAAUCUGACACACGGAGAAGCAGCACCAGCAAUGACAAGUGUGGCAGCAGCUGGACUCAGAACUAGUUUGAAAGCUUGAUUAGGAGGGCAAAAGCCUGAAACUGAGUCUCUGAUAUGCAGGUAAUAAGUCACCUUUGCUCAGUCACGGCAAGGGCUUGUAUUAGAGUGAGGGUUCAAUUGCAUCAGUCUAAAUAUUCACUUUUCAAUUUUCUCAUCAGAUCAAGAUUGGGGUGAGCUGAAAGUCUCUUGUCUGCUGUGUUCUCAUUUUGCAGACUGACCAGAUAAUGUUUGGCUUUGUAACUGUGAAGCUGAGGCUUAUAGUGAAAUAUAAGGUAUACUGGAGAUUUCUGUCAUGUUGACAUUGUGGCAGAAAUGUUAGUCUACUUAAACACAUCACCAAACAGAAGGAAAGACUUUUUUAAUCUUCACUGUCUCUUUUCUCUUUUGAGAAACUGUAGAUUUGGGGGUUGAUGGCUGGCACUUUUGAACUCUAUGUAAUGACAGCAAUUUAAUGAAAAUCUUGAAUAUUUGACAUUUUUCAAAAUAACUGUGACUUUCCCUCAACUUUUGCCCGAAAAACUUUUGUUUCUCCAACUGUGUACCAAGAGGGUUCACUUUAAUUUGUGAACUUCGGUCAGCCAUCGUAAAUACAGGUGGUCUUUUUCUUGAUGCACUGUUCAGAGCUGCUCCACCUGAGGGAAAUUGAAGCAAACUCAAAGCGUAACUGCUACCAAUUAUGCAGCAGAGCAACAGUGAGUACACUCUCUCCUGCCUCCCUUACACACUUUAAAGCCUGAUGGAGGCAAUGGUCUCUGUCCUGGGGGCCAAACCUAGAUCUUAAUACUCAUCCGCUUUCCCACAACACUUUAAGUUUAAAGAGGGAUUUGUUGGAGAACUGCAAGAUAGGAAAAGAGAAGAUAAGUUGUAUGUAUCAGAUGCUGUCAAAAGUUCAAGCAGUAAGAGGGUUAGCCAAGGUUAGUCUACUUUACAUCUUUCUCUUAAGACUUUGGAUUUAACAAAGAUUUUGAAAAGAUUUUUCACAAGGAAAGAAUUACAGAGACGACACCUUUAUGUGAGCAUAACACAUCAGUGUGGGUGUGUACGUUCAUUUGUCUGGAUUUUUUCUUCAAAUGUUUCAUGCAAGAGCAAAGAUAAAGAUUAUUAGGAAUUUGGUAUCUUCACUUUGUUGGUUUUUAUUUCCAGUAAAGUGUGCCAUGACUCAAAAGUUUUCAAUGAUUUGAUCAGUGCAAAAUUGGUGCAAAACCAGAUAGAAGAGUUUUUCCCCCAUUUAGCUGAAUACUCAUUUAAUCAUUCACCAUACCAAUAACUAAUCAGAUUGUUGCUAUUAUUUUUCUGUAAGAUGGGUUUUAAUCUGGGUGAUGUCAUUAUAUAGUUUACAUGAUAAUUGUUAUUUUGAUAAAAAAUUAUAGUAAUACCAAGUAUAAAAUGCAGAAAACAGUGCUCAGGGUUGUUGGGUAACAGUGUCUUCAUAUAGUUUUCCCAGCAGAGUGCGCUGUGACUCUAUUGUUUAAACACUCUCUGCUGUCAAAGAAUUUAUGAUAAAGCAGCUAAGUGGACACCAUUGCAAAGUCAUUUAGGAAAAUUUGAACCACUACUUACACAACAAAAAGAGAAGGAAAAAGCCCAGAGCCUAUAAUCACUGAUUUAUGGGUAAUCUAUAAUUCUUUCCCUCUAGAAUUGGUACAUAACCAUUUGUCAGUUUGGCUCCAGCCCUUAAAUAUCUAUUUCUUUUUCUUCUAUUUGGCUCAUGUGUCUCAAUAAAUUACAUUUUAAAAAAUUGGUCCCAACCUUCCUGCAGGCUCCUAAAAGUGUCGGCGUCCAAUAGAAUCAGACUGCACAUAAACUCCACUUGAUGACUUCACUUGUACUACGUUGGGUUGGCAUGAUGAAGCAUUUCUCCUCAAAAAGGCUUUUCAUCUUUGCUGAUGUUAAAUCAUCUACGACCAAAAGAGAUAAAAAGAGGCUAACCUGCCAGCUUUCUGCUACAGAUUUUGGUCUGCUUAAAUAUGAAAGUGUCAUUCUCAUAACUGCUAAAACUUUUUACCGUGUACAGGAAUAAACUAAAGAGACAUUUUAAUCAAACACUUAGCUGACACGAUGCCUGAGAGCUUAAAGACUUAUUCUGGUCCCAAAGUGUGUUGCUUUAUCUUUAAAACAGUUCAUAAAGCAGGAGACAGGAUCAUAUGUGACUCAAUAUAACUCCGCCAUUGUCCCAGGAUCCUCUUUCUCACAUUUGGACAAAGAUGAUCCAUAUGUACUAAUGAGAUUUUAGGAAACCACACCAGGUUUAUUUUGGUUUGCAACGGAUUAGUCAGUAGAGAGAAUCUUUUGAAAGCGAGGCUUAGGCGGUGAGUCAGUGCUCCACUUACAGGACUGAAUCGCAGUGUUCACAUGAAGACAUCCUGCGCCCAAAUCGCAAAAUAAUCCUGAAUUGAAUUUGCAGUAUUUCAAACCCCUUUGCACUUUUUAAAUAUAAACAUUAAGUCUGCUGAGAUUGGCUGAUUUCAUCACAGAUCAAAUAAAAGUGCAUCACUUCAUAAUUAAACAUUGGGAACAGUAUUUCUUGAUUGCUUUAGUUUAAUUUUCCCUUGCAGUGUUUGCUCAUAUCAGCAGCUGACAGGAAAUAAACUGUUUCCUAGCAACACAAAGAAGAUAAAAUGAACUCUGUACAAUGUGUGCGUUUUUAUGUAGGGAGAGUGGAGAUUAAAACUGCAAAUAAACAUCCCAGACUAACAAUUUCUACUCUGGACUUAACUGGAAUAUAAACUGCUAUCUCAUAAAAUGCCACCAUGCAAAUGUUAUUACUCUAAGCAGAGAGUGUGCCUCCACACAUUCUUACGCAUGCACUGACACACACUGCAAUCUGCAUAUGCAUCCAUACACACACAUGAAAAAUAAACGCUCUACCACGCAAGAGCUUAAAGAGGAAGUGAGUAAUUAUUUAUGACCACAUACAGUAUAUACAGUAUAUAUGGACACUUACAGUGUGUGCUCUUCAGCUCUGUUUCUGCCUCACUGUCUUUCUCUCACACACUCAAACAUACACUUUGCCAUCUAUCUUGUCCUUUCAGCUCUUCACCUCAGCGUGCUGCUUCUAGUCUUUAUGACUGACAUUGCAAAGUCACAGAUCAUAUGAAAGUUCCCAAACAGGCAGACGAAUUAAACCAGCAAACUGGUCUAGCAGGGACUGCCAGAGGGGCAAAGGUGGAAUAGCUGGGCAGUGAAUUAAUCCGACAAAUCAGGCAGACUGAGCAAAAGCAAAUGUACAACACACAACACUUUGUCAAAGACAUUACUUUGAGAAAACACUCAGAAAACUGAGCUUAAAAUGAGCUAAACAGGCGCUUAAUGAGUCAGCGCGUACACAAAGACAAACUGAUCUGUGGCUAAAGUUUGCAGAGCUAGCACCACCAGCCUUCAGUUAACGCCCACAUGCCUUUGCUGGUUGCUUGGUGGUUAGAUGCCACUUUGACCAGACUCUAACCUGUCUGACACGCCAGACUGUUUCACAUUUCCAUGUCACUGGAUAUAUCUCAUAUCCAUCUGGACAACACAGAUGGUGUUUUAGACAGUCAGAAUCUUAAAGAAAAAAAAACAAAAACUAAUUUAUUCAUUACAAACCUGUCAGAGGAACAAAAUGUGAUGUAACAAGCAUGCCGCCACCAAGGAGUAAACUGCUUGUUUAUUUCCAGGUGGUAGAACUGAAUUAAUCAAAGCUACUACUAAAGCUUUGACACAACACAGGACCAGCAUUUGUUUCAUUAAAACAUUAAUAAUAAUUAUGAGUUAAAAAUAAGGGCGGCACAGUGGUGUAGUGGUUAGCACUGUCACCUCACAGCAAGAAGGUCCUGGGUUCGAAUCCGUCUCAGGGAGUUUCUGUGAGGAGUUUGCAUGUUCUCCCUGUGUCUGCGUUGGUUUACUCCAGGUACUCCGGUUUCCUCCUACAUCCCAAAUACAUGUAGAAGUGGGGUUAGGUUAACUGGCCACUUUCAAAUUGACCGUAGAUGUCAAUGUGAGUGUGGAUGAUUGUUUGUCUCUAUAUGUCAGCCCUGCAAUGAACCAGUGACUUGUCCAGAGUGUCCCCUGCCUUUGCCUGAAGAUUCUGGAAUAGGCUCCAUGACCCCUAACGGGAAUAAGCAGUAGAGAAUGGAUGGAUGGAAGCUAAAAGUAAUUCAGCUGAACUGAGUGUCGCUUGUGUUGCCUGCCAGAGCUAGCUCUUGUGCUUUGUUCUAUUUACAGGAAAACAGUUAAAUUUGAAUAAAAGAAAAUACAUAAACAUAUAAAUAUAUAUUUACAAUUCUUAUCAAAAACGGCCAUAAAAUUGAGAACGUGCAUUUUUUAGACUGCAGUUUUGUGUAAUGUCAGUCUUUAGAUGUUGUGCUGAUCCCUUUCCUCUCCACCCCCCAACCCCCCACCUCCGUCUCUCCUGUCUUUUAUCUCCCCUCAUUUUGCUGCGGUUCAUUUUUUUGUUUUUUAUGCUGAUGAGUUAAAACACCAACAGUACCGGGGGCAGCUUUUAGCUGAAGGAGUUGGUUUCCUCAGAUGCCCUUUGUCUGCUGCUCAACCUUUCCUCCAUCCUCUUUUUUUCUCUUACAUAAAUCUUUCACACGUAGCUCUAUCCCCUCGUCUUUUCCCCCCUGUCUCCAUUUGUCUCUUUUUUCCAGUCAUCCCUCCAUUUUGUCUGCGCUUCCAUCUUUCAGCCCUCCCUCCCUCCCUCCCUCUCUCUCUCUCUCUUUCUCUCUCUCUCUCUCUCUCUCUUUCAUAGAAACUGUUUAGGUAAUCCUGCUGGAGCAGCUCUAUUAAUUAGGUUCAGUCCUUUUUGACAGAUUUUUCCUAUCCCCUUACUCCCCUUGAUUUUCCUCCAUAAACUUUUUAAACCCCAUAUUAUAAUUUAUCCUUCUUUCCUUCUUUCCUUUCCUUCUCCCUCUUCCUUCUGCCUCUGUCCAUGUCCAGCUCCUCCACACCACUGGCUUUUCUCUUCAUUUAUUCUGUCCUGUUGAUUCUUGCUGACAGCUUCCCCUUGUUUCUCUUUACUUCUUUGCUUCACUCAGCAUUUUCCUGCCUUGGUAUCAUGAGACAUUAUUUCACGAGCUGUAACUCCCGCAGGGACAGCAAGAAGUCUUGCAUAAGACAUAUUUCAGUGCCUUGUUGUAUAAUAGUUAAAAACUUAGACUCACGCUGAACUGUACACUCUCUUACCCCUUUAGUUCUUCACCCUGCAUCACACUCAUCAGACAGAGAGUGAAACCACCAGUCAGUCUGCUUUUAUCAUCUUUGUCUCACAGUGUCAGAGGAAAGACAGUUUAACUUUAUAACACAGAGCUGCUAUGACUACUCUGUACCUGCAUUCUGGUCUGAAUCAACACCAGAAUUUCGAUUUAUGAUCUAAUAAGUAAAAGUAAUACAUUGAGAGAAAAAUACAUUAGAGGGAAACAUACACAUCAAUCUUGUGUAAGACAAACAACUUUUAAAGCUUGACAGGUAGCACGUGCUGCUCGGCAUUUACCCAGGGUGGAGCGUCUCUAAUGAUCCUAUUAACAGGAUGGAGGCAAGAGCAAAUAUUAAACUGGAUAUUUGUAUUGAGCCCUGAGUAACACGAUGAAUCAUAAUAUAAUACAAUUCAGUAAGCGUAAAUAAAGCGAUUACAUUAUUCAAACACGUUAAAGAGUUUUGUGAAGAUGAUAGCUGUCUUAAAAUGUACCUAGUGACAGAUACGUUGAUUUAGAUUUUGUGCAGUCAGUCACAGUAAAAGGGAAUAAAGAAAGUUGGUCGUCAACAGCAAACAUUUCAAGAAAACAACAUGUGCACACAUGAUUAAAAAGGAAACAACAUUUUAAGAAGAACAAAAACUUUAUUUAAAUUGUCUGUAGUCUCAUGUGUCAUGUCUCAAGUUAUCUACUAUUUACAGAAGACUGUGGGUACAAAAGAUCUUCUGGAUCUUUCUGUCCUGCAGCAGAGAGAGGAGCCGUCCACCACCACACGCCCUUUGGUCCAUGAAGGUGUUAUGAAGUGGGUGAUCCAUGUUCUUUAGAAUAGUCUCCACCUUCCUCAGUGAUCUCUAUGAAAGGAGCUCUUCUCACUCUUCGCCCAGCAGAAGUAUCCAUCAGCAGCCAAUAAAAAAAAAAAGAAAAUUUAAAAAAAGAAAAAAUCUAGCAAAAACUACAUACAGAGAGCAGCAACCUCUCGGUUUAAGCGCAUCAUUAGAUUUUACAGCAACACAUUUAAUGUAUUAAAUAACUGGGGUGUCAAAUUAACAAGAAGACGUUCACUAAACUAUUAAAAGAAGAAUAAAAAGAGAAAAUCAUGAUACUUUCUUUAAAUAAGAUGAUACCACUACAGGAGACAUAUCUGAGUGAGAUUAGCUCAGAAAGCUGCUGGGUUUAUUACAGACGUGGACGACUAUUAAUGCACCAACUGGUUUUGACCCUUCUGGGUGCUCUUCAGGAUGGAGGAGGGAAGCAUGAUAUAGGAAGUUUAUAGUUCCUAUUUAUGUCCAAGAGGCUGAAUUUAAUGAGUAAUACUCAAUAGAUAUAUCACAAGUACCCAAAUGAGAAAUGUAAGAAAAGGUUCCCAGCCCCUGCCUCAUAAAUACUAAUUACAGCAAUAAGAAAUCACAACCUCAAAAGCAUGAGUUAAACAGUUUGAUUGUUUCGUGUCUCAUUUCUGUUUCUUAUCUCGUGUCUGUUCCUUAGGAGGUCCUCCUGAUGUGGGCAAGAUGCUGGGCGGGGAGGAGAAGGAGGAGGACCCUGAUGCAGCAAAGAAGGAGGAGGAGAGGCAGGAGGCCCUGAGGCAGCAGGAGGAAGAGAGGAAGGCCAAGUAUGCCAAAAUGGAGGCUGAGAGGGAAAGCAUGAGACAAGGCAUCAGGGACAAGGUACGAGGACAAUGACGCACAAACUGAGCGAAACAACACGGCAUUUACUCAACUUAAGCAAACAGCUCAGUCUGUUUGUCAUUACAAAAAAAAAAAAAAAAACAAGAGCCAACUCUACAGAAGAAAACCAAACAGGGGAUACAUCUAAUAUCAAUAUUUAAUCAGUGCUAAAAGGAACAGGAAGAUGGACGAACAAAAAAAACAUGCAUGUGAGGCGUUUUGAUCAUUUCUGCCUUGUGGUGUGUUUUUUGUCACCACUGAAGGCUUCAUAUCUUGGCUUCAUGACAGCAAAACUCCUUUUAUAACAGACCUUUGUUUGAAAUGAGACAGUUUUUGUUUCUUUUAUGUUAUUUUUAGCUGUUAUAAAAUAGAUCAGUGGAACACGAAGAAGAGGACUGCGGAGAGAGACUGAGGAAGGAAGAACAAAAUGUGGAGCCAUGAUUAAUUAGAAUAUAUUUGAAUAUUUAGACAGAAAGUGUGUGUUUGGGGUGGAGGCGGGGGUCAGGAAGAGGACUGUGUUCAAAAUGUAAACAGCUAUCCAAUAAUAGCCCUGUGCAGAAAGCCUUGUGGAAUAAACAGUUUUAUUGCUUUAGUUACGGCUGCGACAACAGGGUUUAAACUAAAAUAUUCAUGUAUUAGAAAUGCAUGGUGUUUUUGUCAAGUAAUGACUGUCACAUGUUGAAUCAACGUAGAGUAAUAUGUACUUUAUCUGUUUGCUUUAAUUCCCCCUUGUGCUGACGUAAGUCCGUGACUCUGCAGUGGAGACAUAGCGGUAGAGACGGGCAGUCACGGGUGGUGUGGGAGGGUGGGGCGGCUCUGAGGGGAAUACUGCGAAUCAGUGGGAUGAAAAGCGGCACUCCUCCCCUGACUCCUCACCUCCUCCGUUCUCCUUAAGCUCCCCCAGUGGAGAACAGAGAGCGAGGAACAACUCCCAGCAUGCCUGUUACUGAAAGGUUUUUGUCAGCCUCCUCCACAGCUUCAUCCCUCUGCUGUGUCAGAUACUGAGAAAAAUAUCCAUAUUGUAUCUGCGGUCCGCACCACAAUGGAUGUUUGUAAUAGUUUGACAGAGCAAAUGUUUUCAAGUGGAAAGUUACUGUAUGGGGAACUUAACAAUACUGGUAUUAUUGCCAGAAACACAGCCUGACAAAUGAGACGACGAAUCCAAAGUAACCAAGUUUUCCCGCUGCAUUCUCUCGUGCCAGCGGUGAUAUAUGAUUGUAAAGGAGUAAAUAAAAGCCCCUCUUUUUCUUUUUCAUCUCUGGUGGAAGCAGUUUUCACUGGUGGUGUAAAUGUUCUUGUGUGCCGUUUUGAAAUAGAUGCUCACAGCAGAUUUUUUUUGACAUGCACUGACAGUGUCUUACUGACAAGCACCAGCCAAAGCACAUCUACUUGAUUUCUGACAAAGUGUUGCUUUGAAAGACAGACAGGAGCGAAAUGUAGAGAGGAGGUGCAGAACACCACAGGUUUAGAGCACAAGAAUAGAAAGAAUAGAGGUUGAAUUAUCAAUUAUACUGAAGGAGAGAGUGGGGUAAGAUGAGCCAUUUUUCAUAUUUCGGAUCACUACAUCAAGGCGAUCAUAGUUUUGUCUCUAACUAGUUUAUCUGCAUAUAUUUCAGGAUGUUGUGCAUCCCUGCGGACCAUCAAUUGUCUUGAUAAUAUAGCAGGCCAAAAAAAGUGGUCUCCUAUGGUCAAUUUACCCUGUGUAUGGGCUAAGUUGACCAUAGGAGCGGGGUAAGUUGAGCUGUAUCCCUACUACCCCCCUACUCUCCACCCCAGCCCUCCCUCACCUUCUCUCCCCCUAAAUAACAGUCACUUCUUCACAUUCAUGUGUAUUUUUAUGUAUUAUAUGCUAUUCAACUAGUACAAUAAUUCUCUUUAUUAUUAUUGCAUAUAACUGCUAAAAAGCUGUUUUGUAAAAAGCUAUUUUAACAUGAGAAUGUCUUUAAGUGAUUCAGAACAUUCACAGCUGUAUUUAUGAAAAGAAAAAGUAACACAUUUCAACAAUCUGAACUGAAACUCUGAUCCUCUCAUCAGACUCCUUUACUUUCUCAGUUGAGCCAAAUGGCUCAACUUACCCCAGAAUUACUAUCAUGACUUUAUUAGUCCUCUAAGCUAAAAUGGUGGACUUUUAUGUUAGGUUUCUGACCUCAUGUUGUAGCUCAUAGAUACCACAAUUGAUGUAUAAAACAAAUUUAAAAUGAUCUUUUUUGGUCUGAACACAAUUCUAAUAAAACUUAUGACAGACUAAAUUCACUUUCAAGAGUGAACUUAGCCUACCCUUUGGUUCAACUUACCCCACUCUCCCAUAUAUAGGAAAUAAAAGAGUUAAAAGUGUACAACUCGUCGUGCCUGUUCUGUACAGUCUCAAGCAUAAGCAAACAAAUCAGCACAUACACACACACACACACACACACACACACACACACACACACACACACAGAAAUGUCAAUCUGAAUUACAUCCCGGGCUUAUUGUCCCACGAGCAGUGCUGUGGGCUCAGCUCAAGCUGGUGUCAAGCUUUUUAGGGCAGAGGUCAACUCAGAUCAUAGAGCUGCACUAAUAGAUGCUGGUUGACACUGACAUUUUGUGUUAAAGGCUACUUUAUGUGUCUGAGCAUACAGAUUUGAAAUAGUUUUAAGUACGGCUUAGUGUCCGUUUUUACAAGUGUGUUUCCUUUGUGUCUGAAGUUGUUAAUAUCUCUGUGUUUGUGACCACCAGUAUGGAUUAAAAAAGCGUGAGGAGGCAGAAGCUGAGGCAGCUGCUGCAGCCGAGCAGCCCGCAGAGGGAAGCUUGACUCGACCCAAGAAGGCCGUGCCAGCUGGUUGUGGUGAUGAGGAAGAGGAGGAAAGCAUCAUGGACCAAGUAAUGAAAUACCUGCCAGGCCCACUGCAAGACAUGCUGAAGAAGUAGCCGAGUUCAUUUGCAGAUGCUAACAAUAACUAGCUUAGUUUAAAGGCUACAUUUACAUGGCUAGGUAAAAUCAGGGGUUUGUUUUUCAUUCAGUUCAUUUCAUGAGUAAAAACAAGAGUUCAAUCAGGUGUUUCUUGUGUUUGGACAAAACAAAGUUUUAUGUGAGGAAAAUGAUUCGGGUAUAAGCCAGCAGUGUGAAUAGUAGUCAUUUAACUAAGCUAGGCCAGGUGAAUGUUAGCUAGACUGCUGCUACUGUUAGCUAUGUUACACGAAUGGAGCUGACAUCAAGCAGAGGGGGCUAAAAACACAAUGUUAGAUGGUUUAUCCUUCUAGUCUGAGCAGUUUUAAACCCCUUUUUCUCCCCUCUGCAGAAGCUGCUGAGCUUUCUUGCAGCACUGAAAAUAAUACCCCUCUUCACUCUGUUUGUACAUAAAUAAAUGAAUACAUUACAAGCCUGAAGGUAGGCAAUCAAUCAUAAGAUAAUAUUAGAAAUUAUUAUACUAACUGUGUGUCUGUCUCUAAAAUAAUUAAAAUAUAUAUGUGAUAACUCGAUAAGCCAUAUUUUAAAAGGAAAUUUAAAGACUACUCUUGUGUGCUCCUAAAGCUACUGUUUUGUGUUCAAUCAUGUCUGAUAUUUCUGUCAAACUUUUUGCACACAGUGUUACACUUUUGUGUGUCAGACCUGUUGUCUGUCUGCCCACAACGACCCCCCCAAACGCCCUGACAUCAGAUGUAAUGACACCCAUGUAGUGUAGUGUUUAAAACUGUUUCUAUUCCCCCGUUCUGUGCGUGUCCUUCUUAUGUCUUGCAUGCCAUUUGUCUGGACAAAUUUGUUACGUGGAAAUGUGAAAACUCACCCCCCCCUAUCCCCUUUAUCCUCUUCUUUAUCAUGCAAAAAAUAUUAAGGCAAUAACUCCUAAGUUUGAGUGUGAUUUCACUUCUGUGUCGAUAUAACCGUUAAUAAUAUCAUAAGAAGAAAAAAAGAAGAUAUGUAUGCAUUCAGGACUUUUGAUUUAAGGGUUUUUAGGUUUUUCUGUUUUAUUUCAUUAUUUUGAUGAAGAAUGACCGUGUAGCCGUUCAUACAACAGCCAAAACCUUAAAGCUUUCAGCCAUAAAACCAGAACUUACAGUAUAUACUCUAACUAUCAGGAUCUGUUACUCGGGAGAGAGUACUGAAUGAAUCUGUCUGAGAAUAUAAGACAACUUUAUGUAUGAUUAUUUGUAAGAUAUGAAAGGAAAUACUGACUUGAAAGAAGACUACAUGUCUGUUUCAUGAAGAGAGAAAGAGACCACUUUCCCCUGAAACACUCACAGUAAAGUGAAUAGUGCAGUUUGAUUACUGAUGUAGUUACGCAGUAAAACAGGAAGAGUUUUCCUAAAUGACAAAAUGUGACGCUCGGUUUGUAAUUCCACUAACUGUUGGUUUAGAUGUGAGAAUGAGCUGCUGAGGGUGACCUUAUAUGCCACGAGCAAUAAAGGAUUAUCAUGUAUGUUUCUGCCUGAACUUCAAUAAAAACUUAAAACCUUGUUCACAAACAUUAAAA